AUGAUUUUUCACACGCAAAUAGCCUCCAUCAUGGAGGUGCUAGCGAAUGCAGCCGUGGCAGAGAUCUGUAAACUCGUAGACGACGACUAUGCGGUGUUUCGUUUGGAAAUAAGUCAAAGCCAGAAAGAAAUCGUCGCAUUGCGGAGGAAACAACAGCUACUAGAACUGAAGGUGUCACGGGAGCGCGCAGAGAGAACAAUGCGAGAGCGCCUCCUCGCCAGUCGUCCCAGAAGUGUCAAGAUCCUCGACCGAUACAGAGGAAUGGCAAGAGGUGAAGGACAUCUCACUGGAGCCUACAGGAGCUUUGGGAAGCCAGUGGGACACAAUACAUGGAGAGAUAACCAGCCAAUCACCGUUGAUGAAGGGAGAGGAACCUCAACCCAGCAUGUUAUCAUGAUAGAGUCUGCAGAUGCAGAGGCGGCAGGUCCUGGAGGAUCAUCUCUGGUCAAGCAGGAAAGGUCUGAAGGAGAGGUGGACCCACGACACAGCAGAGACAUCCAGACUGGAGCAGCGGCUGUAGUUGCGCCCCUUGUUGCCAUGGAGGACCACGCGACUGCCGUGCAGCCCAGGACCCGACGCAGCAUCACAGAGGUCAAUGGAAUGCUGAAUGCCAUCGUCAAGUCAGACACAGAGACUUUAACACAAAGGCUCUUACACACAGGAUCUGACCUCAGGUCAGACCCAGAGAGACUGGGGCCGGGGCCACUGGGCUGUCCUCCUGCUCCUGGCUCAGAAUAUUUACUUUACGGUAAACCAAGCCCGAGGACGGCUCAUUCCCAUCGGGACUCAGGUGACGCAUUAGAGACUGGCAAUAAUCCGUCUUGUUCUUACACUACAGAGAUGGACCCUUGCAACAUGACCUUGGGUUUAGAGACCCAGACUGAUCUGUCUAGAGGGGACUGGAACCAGUACAGUAGUAGUGUAUACUCCGAAAGGUGCUUAGAUAAGAAAGGGGAGGGUUUGGUCGUAGAUGAAGUGACUGUGAAAGUGGAGGGCGACGUUCCUCCCACAUGGAAUGCAGAUAGUGACCUAAGAGACGGACACUCACAGGGCAGAGAUUUCUUAGAUUACAGGGAAUGCUUAGAAACUAAUCCAAAUGUCACGACCCACUCCCCUUUACUCGCUCUCAGAGAUCGCGACUUAGUGUCCUCAUCGAUGGGGCCUUCCGAUUCACACAACUGCCUUUUUGAUCACGUAUUGAACUCAAACGACAGGGCUGGAGCCCAGACUCAGGGGGGGGGAGCCACAUCAGGCAAUAGUAAAGAGAAACGGUUCCUCUGCAUGUUCUGUAGCAAAGGCUUCAGCUGCCCCCAAAAAGUGAAGAUCCACCAGAGGAUCCACACAGGGGAGAAACGCUUCAGGUGUACCCAGUGUCACAUGCGCUUUGCCCAGGCUGGUGACCUGAAGAGGCACCAGAGGGUCCACACAGGGGUGAAACCCUUCAGCUGUACCCAGUGUCAUAUGCGCUUCGCCCAGGCUGGCCACCUGAAGAGGCACCAGAGGGUCCACACAGGGGAGAAACCCUACAGCUGCCCCCAGUGUGAGAAGAGGUUCUCCCGCCAGGACCAGCUGAAGAUGCACCUGAAGGUCCACAUGGGAGAAAAGCUGUUAGCUUGUACGCACUGAGCUACCUCAGGAUACACCAGCAGAAAAACCAUUCCACUCUAUAACAUAGAAAGUAACCGUUCUACCCCACGCUUCUGAAGUUUAGAUCAAACCCUGCUUUGAAGGCAAAGAUUCAUUUUCAUUGUUGUCCGCAGAAAAGAUCGACAGACGCGUUUGGAGUAACAGGAGUAACAUAUUUCGGUGUUGAAUAUUCCUGGGUAGAAUAUUUUAUCCAGACAUUGUGUGAUUAAUAAUGCAUAUAUAAGCCUAGAAAGUAAAAUCAAAUUGUAUUUGUCACAUGCUUCGUAAACAACCGGUAUAGACUAACAGUGAAAUACUUACUUACGGGUACUUUUCCGACAAUGCCGAGUUAAUGAGAAAAAUUAAGAAAGAAAAUAGAAAGUAAUAAGAGUAAAAAAUAGACAGAGAAUAACAAUGAGUUAAAACAACAUGGCUAUAUACAGGGAGUGCCAGUACCAAGUCGAUGUGCAGGGAUACGAGGUAACUGGGAUAGAUUUGUACAUAUAGAUAGGUACUAGGCCUUACAAAAAAUUGUAUGUGUGGGGUACAGAGAUGGGGUAGUCCUUUAAAAAUCAUGUUAAACACUAAUAUUGCACACAGUGUCCAUGCAACUUAUUGUGUGACUUGUUAAGCACAGUUUUUUUUUGUGAACUUAUUUCGGCUUGCCAUAACAAAAUGGUUGAAUACCUAUUGACUCAAGACAUUUAAGCUUUUCAUUUUCCAUUAAUUUGUAAUCAUUUCUAAAAACAUAAUACCAGUUGACCAAGCGGUGAUGCAGCCAGUCAAGAUGCUCUUGUUGGUGUAGAACUGAGGGCCCAUGCCAAAUCUUUUCAGCCUCCUUAGGGUGAAGAGGCAUUGUCGUGCCCUCUUCACAACUGUGUUGGUGUGUUUGGACCAUGAUAGAUCCUUUGAUUUGGACACCAAAGAACUUGAAGCUCUUGACCUGCUCCACUACAGCCCCGUUGAUGUGAAUGAGGGCUUGCUCGGCAAUCUGUUUCCUAUAGUCCACGAUCAGCUCCUUUGUCUUGCCAACGUUGAGAGAAGGGCUGUUAUCCUGGCACGACACUACCAGGUCUAUGACCUCCUCCCAAUAGGCCACCGUCGUGUCGUCAGCAAACUUAAUGAGGAUGUUGGAGUAGUGCACGGCAGUUGUGGGUGAACAGGGAGUAAAGGAAGGGGACUAAGCACACACCCCGAGGGGCCCCCUUGUUGAGAUCAGUGUGGCGAAUGUGUUGUUGCCUACCCUUCUGGUUGGGAUACGUACGUACGGUCAUUGUGGGGACGACAUCGUUGGUGCACUUAUUAAUGAAGCUGGUGAUCAAUGUGGUAAACUCUUCAAACAGUCCUGUAGGAUAGCAUCCACUUCAUCAGACCACUUCCGGGACCACUUGCACUGGUAUUUUCCAUUUGAGUUUUUGCUUGUAAGCAGGAAUCAUGAGGAUAGCGUUAUGGUCAGAUUUGCCAAAUGGAGGGUGAGGUCGAGUUUUGAUGCGUUUCUGUGUGUGGAGUAAAGCUGAUCUAGAGUUUGUUUUUCGCUUUCAGUUGCACAGGUGACAUGCUGGUAGAAAUGAGGUAAAACGGAAUUCAGUUUCACUGCAUUAAAAUAACCGGCCACUAGGAGUGUUUUUUUUCUUGUAUUGUCUUGUUUGCUUAUGGCCCUAUACAGUUUGCAUCGGUUUGUACUUAGACAGCUACAAAAAAUACAGAUGGAAAUUCUCUUAGUAAAUAGUAUGUUCUACAGCUUAUUGUGUGGUAUUCUAGCUCAGGCAAACAGAACCUUGAGACUUCCUUAAUAUUAGAGAUCAGGCAUCAGCUGUUGUUAACAAAGAGACACACACACCUCCCCCUGAGUUUACCCAAAGCUGCUGUUCUGUCCUGCUGAUGCAUAGAAAAACCAGCCAGAUGUAUAUUGUCCUUGUUCAGCCAGGACUCAGAGAAACAUAGGAUAUUACAGGUCUUCAGGUCCCGUUGAUAGGAUAGUCUCGAACAGAGCUAGUCCAGUUUGUACUCCGUGAUUGUAUGUUCGCCAAUAGAACGGAGAGUAGAUGCGUUUUUUUUACUUGGCGACGCAGUUUUGUCAGGGUGCCCGCAAGUCAGCCUCGCUUUCACCGCCGCCUCUUUCUCCUCACAGUCUCUGUUUCAUGAAAAUAUGGCUCUCUGUGGACAUGCUGUCGGAGUCGGUACAGCCACCAGGAUUCUUUGUGCGCCGCUCCGACAGGAAUUAACAUCUCUCCAGGAAGAAGAAGGUCGGGGGUGUAUGUUUCAUGAUUAACGAUUGGUGUAAUUGUAACAACUUACAGGAACUCAAGUCCUUCUGUUCACAUGACCUAGAAUUUCUUACAAUCAAAUGCCGACCGUAUUAUCUCCCAAGAUAAUUAUCGUUGGUUAUUGUCACAGCCGUGUAUAUCCCCCCUCAAGCCGAUACCACGGCGGCCCUCAAGGAUCUCCACUGGACUCUAUGCAAACUGAAAACCAUAUAUCCUGAGGCUGCAUUUUUGUAGCUGGGGACUUUAAUAAAGCAAAUUUGAGAACAAGGCUAUCUAAAUUCUAUCAGCAUAUUGAUUGUAGUACCCGGGCUGGCAAAACACUGGAUCACUGCUACUCUUACUUCUGGGAUGCAUACAAGGCCCCCCAUUCGGCAAAUCUGACCACGACUCCAUUUUGCUUCUCCUCUCCUAUAGUCAGAACUCAAACAGGAUGUACCCGUGACAAGGACCAUUCAACGCUGGUCUGACCAAUCGGAAUCCACACUUCAAGAUUGUUUUGAUCACGCGGACUGGGACAUGUUCCAGGAAGCCUCAGAAUAAUAUUGAUUUAAAUGCUGAUUCUGUGAUUGAGUUUAUAAGGAAGUGCAUAGGAGAUGUUGUACCCAUUGUGACUAUUAAAACCUAUCCUAACCAGAAACCAUGGAUGGUGCCAUUUGUGCAAAACUGAAAGCGCAAACCUACGCAUUUAACCAUGGAAAGAUGACUGGGAAUAUGGCCGAAUACAAACAGUGUAGUUAUUCCCGCCGCAAGGCAAUCAAACAAGUGAAAUGUCAGUAUAGGGACAAUGUGGAGUCGCAAUUCAACGGCUCAGACACGAGACGUAUGUGGCAGGGUCUACAGACAAUCACUGUCAACAAAAAGAAAAUCAGCCACGUCACUGACACCAAUGUCUCACUUCCAGACAAACGAAACACCUUUGGCCGCUUUGAGGAUAUCACAGUGCCACCGACACAGUGCCCACUAACCAAGGACAGCGGGCUCUCCUUCUCCAUGGCCGACGUGAGUAAGACAUUUAAACAUGUUAACCCUCGCAAGGCAGCCGGCCCAGACGGCUUCCCCAGCCGCGUCCUCAGAGCAUGCGCAGACCAGCUGGCUGGUGUGUUUACAGACAUAUUCAAUCUCUCCCUAUCCCAGUCUGCUGUCCUCACAUGCUUCAAGAUGGCCACCAUUGUUCCUGUACCCAAGAAGGCAGAGGUAACUGAACUGAAUGACUAUCGCCCCGUAGCACUCACUUCUGUCGUCAUGAAGUGCUUUGAGAGACUAGUCAAGGAUCAUAUCACCUCGACCUUACCAGCCACCUAGACCCACUGCAACUUGCAUACCGCCCCAAUAGGUCCACAGACGAUGCAAUCGCCAUCACACUCCACACUGCCCUAUCCCAUCUGGACAAGAGGAAUACCUAUGUAAGAAUGCUGUUCAUUGACUACAGCUCAACAUUCAACACCAUGGUACCCUCCAAGCACAUCAUUAAGCUUGAGGCCCUGGGUCUCAACCCCACCCUGUGCAAUUGGGCCCUGGACUACCAGACAGGCCGCCCCCAGGUGGUGAAGGUAGGAAACAUCUCCACUUUGCUGAUCCUCAACACUGGGGCCCCACAAGGGUGUGUGCUCAGCACCCUCCUGUACUCCCUGUUCACCCAUGACUGCAUGGCAUUGCACGCCUCCAACUCGAUCAUCAAGUUUGCAGACAACACAACAGUAGUUGGCUUGAUCACCAACAACGACGAGACAGCCUAUAUGGAGGAGGUGAGGGUAUUCUGAGUGUGGUGUCAGGAAACCAACCUCUCACUCAACGUCAACAAAACAAAGGAGAUGAUCGUGGACUUCAGGAAACAGCAGAGGGAGCACCUCCUAUCCACAUCGACGGGACAGUAGUGGAGAAGGUGGAAAGUUCCUCGGGCAUACACAUCACGGACAAUCUGAAAUGGUCCAUCCACACAGACAGUGUGGUGAAGGCGCAACAGUUCCUCUUCAACCUUAGGAGGCUGAAGAAAAUUGUCUUGUGACCUAAAAAAACUUUUACAGAUGCACAAUUGAGAGCAUCCUGUCGGGCUGUAUCACCGCCUGGUACGGAAACUGCACCGCCCACAACCGCAGGGCUCUCCAGAGGGCAUUGCGGUCUGCACAAUGCAUCACCAGGGGCAAACUACCUGCCCUCCAGGACACCUACAGAACCCGAUGUCACAGGAAGGCCAAAAGGAUCAUCAAGGACAACAACCACCCGAGCCACUGCCUGUUCAUCCCGCUACCAUCCAGAAGGCGAGGAGGAGGAGGGUCCAGAGGUGCUGCUGGUGAAGGAGGAGGGGUGUGAGGAGGAUCUGGGGAACACUGAGGGGACCAUGGUCAUGGAGGACAACCAGACUACACCUCCUGAACCCACAGAGGAACCAGCUGAGCAGCACAGGACCACACAUUCUCACUGAGAUGAGCCCACUGUGAAUGGCAUUAGGUCAGGGCCCUAGUGCUGAUCUGCAACAUCCUUUCACUCUGUAUCUCUUACAGUCAGUAGACAUGGAGGAUGGGAAGCCUGAUCUGCUGCUGGUCAAAGAGGAGACAAUAGAAGACGGACCAGAGAGCAUUGACCUGCUGAGUGGACAAAAGAUGGGGGAGCAUCUUAGCCUGCCGCCAAACAUCUGCAGGAAGAGGUUUUAACCUCAUAACAGUUGCUGCCUUUAGCCUGCCUGCUACAGGAGAUAUCAACUGGAAGAUGGACCCUGCGAAAACACAGACUCUCCCUUGCCUUUGUCCUCCUCAUACUUUCCUAAUGUUAAACCAGACCUCAGACAAUAUCAGUGCUUCAACAGUAAAUGGCUACACAAGCCCAGUGACAAAUAACAGUAGUGGAGAUGGAAUCAAUAAAGGCGGAAGCACCAAAGAGAAGCGCUUCCUGUGUUCAUUCUGUGGGAAAGCCUUCCGUUUCCUCGAACUGUUGGAGAUCCACCAGAGGAUGCACAUGGGGGAGAAACCAGUUGGCUGCCACAUGUGCCAGGUCAGUUUCUCCCACUUGUCCCACCUGAAGAGGUACAAGAGGGUCCACAAAAGAGGGAAAUCUUACAGCUGGGCCCAGUGUGAGAAGAGGUUCAGCACCAGCUGUCGAUGCCCCUGGAGGUCCACAUGGGAGCGAAGCCGUUCGCCUGAAUGCACUGCGGGAAGAGGUUCUCAGAGAGGAGUUACCUCAGGAUACACCAGCAGAACAUGCACACGGCCCAUGUAUAGUGACAUGUAAUGUAGUACUAGUUAGUUUAUAGUUCAUUCUGUUGGUUUUGGAUGUAGUAGGGAACUGGAUGAGGUGAACUGAGGAAAGAAUGAGCAUGAUGAGGCAGAGUAGAUGAUAUGCUGAUGGUUUGUGUGAUGGAGUCUGUAAAAAAGGUUAACUUAUGAAGAGUGACAACCUUGUCCAUUUAGGUUGAUACGGGUGUUUUAUAGUAAGAUAAUGAUAGUGCCUUAAUUAAUAUUUACUUGACAAGAAGUAGUGAAGCUGUGUGUAAUGUUAAACCUUUAAAUACAAAAUCAACUUACGUUUUUGUUGUUGACAGAGACUCCACCACAACCACCACCACACAGAACACAACCAGUGGACAGGAGGACUGAACAACCUCAGUCCUGGUGGUCAUCAGAAAGACAGAGGCUCCAGUCAGGGAUCCAGUCUGCAGCCCAGACCCUUCUCUUCAGUCUCAGUGCAGGGAUGAAGCAGGGCCUGGUAGAGCUAGACCCUCCUGUUCCUAUGAUACAAACACCACAGUACCCAUGUUGAACAGAGCAGGUCACCCUGGACUUCAAGCAUUCACCAUGAGAGGUACCUAGCCUAUAACACAGCACACAAUUCCAACAACACCCCAACAAUGGCUAGCGGUCAAGGAGGGAGCUCAAUGACUAACCACCUGAAGGUGGUUGCUCCCGCUUCUACCUCUGGUGUCAUUCACAACAUGGAGAGGCCCUUCAAGUGUAAACUGUGUUAAAAUAUCUUCUCCUUCCUGAGUAACCUUACCAGACAUUGGAGUGUUCACAAGGGGAAGAAAUUGUAUCAGUGUGGCUUGAGAUAUAUCAAAAAAUAUUUCAUUAAACUAGGCAAGUCAGUUAAGAACCUAUUAUAAUGACGGCCUAACCCGGGCGAUGCUGGGCCAAUUGUGCUCCACCCUAUGGGACUCCCAGUCAUGGCCAGUUGUGAUACAGCCUGGAAUCGAACCUGGGUCAGUUGUUGUUAAGGGAAUUUUUAUCUAUAAUGACUAAUUGAAAUGUAUACAUAAUCAGGAUGAAUUAAAAUACUAUUAUGUUACUGUACGUGUAUGAAUUUUCUCUCUUGCUCCCAUUUCCAAUUGUAUAUAAUGUAGUCAGGAGUUUAGAACAAUGCCUUGGUACAAAUGAAUGAACUAUCUCCAGACUGUCUAGAAUGCUUAUCUACACUGACUGACCUUGGCUGUAGGCGAGCAGGGAAGGCUUGAGAACUAUAGGGCCUUUCUACCAGUGUCAAGAAGAGAUGGAACAUUUAGAAAACGCUGACGUCAUUUUCAGUUUAUAACCUGUGGUAAAAUGUGUAUGAACGGAGUACUCUCUUGAAUUAAAGGCUGUUACCUGAC